UCCAGGUCUGACAGCCACACUUCCAUGUCCCAUACCUCCAGGCUUUUUUACUAUAAAGGGAGAACAUACUUCACCCGCACGCUGCGCAAGCCCUGCAAAAACAAUUCUAUUCAAAACACUACUUGUCUGGAAAGAAGAGACAGCACAGAUCGCAAAAGGGGUUGCAGGGAAAUAAUAAGCCAGGCGAUUAAAUACAAAAAAACCAUGAGGACCUGUCAGCACAAACUGGACAAGCAAGCAGCAACAGAUGUCCAAUGAGAUGCUGAGUUUUACUAUUGAACUGACCCUACAGGAGAAGAGUAGACUUGUGCAAAGAGAAUGAUCCCUCCAAGCAGCACCAUGGGAGACAGUGUAGAGAAGGAGGAUGAACUUGGAAAUCCUGAACAGCCCCACUCUCCAGCUUCCACAAGUAGCCAGGAAUCAAAGCUCCAGAAACUCAAGAAAUCCCUUUCCUUCAAGACCAAGAGCAUGCGGAGUAAAAGUGCAGACAAUUUCUUCCAAAGAACUAACAGUGACAUGAAAUUUCAAGUAGAUUUGGAGCCAGAAGAUAGCCCAACCAUCACCAGAAGGACCCCAAGCUCAGAAACUCACUCAGCAAGCCCUACCAAAGUAAUACAGCUGCCAGAUAACAAGGCGCACAUUUUCCAGGAACAUGUCUUUAAAAAACCCACAUUCUGCGAUGUAUGCAACCACAUGAUUGUAGGGACUAAUACAAAGCAUGGUCUGCGAUGCAAAGCUUGUAAAAUGAGCAUUCAUCACAAAUGCACAGAAACCAUUGCUUCUCAGCGCUGUAUGGGAAAACUGCCAAAAGGUUUUCGACGCUACUAUAGUUCUCCAUUACUUAUUCAUGAACAGUUUGGAUGCAUCAAAGAAGUAAUGCCUAUUGCCUGUGGUAACAAAGUCGAUCCUGUAUAUGAAGCACUCCGGUUUGGGACUUCUUUGGCACAGAAGACCAAGAAGAGCAGUUCUGGAAGUGGAUCCGACUCACCAAAUCGGAGCUCUACUGCGGAUCUGGCAGAUGUGCCUGAAGAAGGAGAUAGUUCAUAUUUAUUGGAUGUAAAUAGACAACGGAGUGAUAGUGUGUUUAGCUACUUAGAAAAUGGUACAGAAUCUUACAGUGAAGAACAGCAAGCGACGGGCAUAAAUUCAACGGUAUCUUUAUUUAAGGAGUCAGUAGAUGCUUUUGUUGCCUUGUACAGAUUUAUACCACAAGAAAGUGAAGACUUAGCUAUGAGGCCAGGUGAUAGAAUUAAUAUAUUGGAUGAUUCAAAUGAAGAUUGGUGGAAGGGUAGAAUAGAAGACAGAACUGGAUAUUUUCCAGCUAAUUUUGUACAAAAGGUCCAAACAAAUGAAAGACUUUAUCGCUGCACAAGAACAUUUAUUGGAUGCAAGGAACAAGGGCAAAUGACACUUAAGGAAAAUCAGGUUUGUGCAAGUUCUGAGAAGGAGCAAAAUGGUUUUCUCAACGUGGUCAGUGGGAAGAAAAAGGGCUUUGUACCCAUAGAUGUUCUGGAAAAUAUCUGACUGACUUGAAUGGUACCAUCAUCCAAGUUUUCUGGAGAUGCUGGUCUGCAUCGUGUGGUAUCAUGACUAAGAAGAGUCACACCGGCCACAGUGGAAUGGAUACACAGUAGAGAGAUAAGAAAUUAAAGGAUUCCUAGGACUGUCGUAAAACUGAAAAUAGACAAUAAUAGACUAUGUAGUAAAGCAGUACAGAUUACCGUAUGAGUUAUCCUCGUGUGGAAAACAAAAUGCUGCAGUGGUGAUAAUCAAUGAAGACAAAGCCUCUCUAUGUGUCUUAAAAAAGUUGCUCUGCUAAGUGUUACUUUUUAAAGGGCAGUUUCGAAGGACUAGUUUCACAGUUAUGUAAUUGCCUUUAUGGGAUGAGCUUCCUUCGUCAGUGUUCUCUUUUGUAACAUUGGAGUAAUCUAUUUACCUCCCUGUACCCAUAGUAUGAAAAUUACAUUAGACUGUA